CGGCGCGCGCGACCGGCCGAUGAUGUCAGAUUUAUAUAAGAGUUUAAUGUUAUCAAUUCGCGGAAACGAGCGGGCGCGAUUGUUAACAAUGCACCAACAAUGCGCGUGAAAUCACUGUCUCGUAUUUUUUUUUUUUUUUUCCUCCAAGAAACACUUCGAGAACUGCGUCGAGUUUAAGCCGCGAGUCUUUUCAUUUAUCGAUUGCUCUAAUCGAACGCCAUGUCCAUCCGUUUACGUUUUAUAGAUUAGAUUGCAGUUUAGAACUGUAUGUAUGUACAAAGUAUAAACGUAGGAUUAGCUUAACCUGAAAAUUACACGUUUAACCUUGCUGCCGCGGAUAGGUGCUUGAUGAUUAUCACCCAAGAGUGCUAAUUCAAAAAUUUAGUAGUUUUCAUAUAUUAUUAAAUUUUUGACAGUUUAAAAUUAUAUUUAAUAAGAUUUUUUUACAUUAAAAUAGUGUUACUUCAAUUAUUUCAACAUCUUACAAUCUCUGAAGUAGAAAAGAAAUUCUCAGAGCGUAACAGUUUAAAAGUGUAAGACCAUAAGACCAUUUUCAUUCUAGUGUGGCAUGAUAUAAGAAAAAAUUUGAGCAUUUUAGGGUUAACGAGGUUAAAUUGGCUUUGCAAAAUUUGGGAUCUCGUCUCGCGUUAUAAUGAAAUCUCGUUUGCGGUUUUUAAGUCGAGGUCUCUGUGCACGCUGGCGCGAAGAUGUCAGGGCCGGUUUCUUAACGGCGACCUCAAGGCCUUAUUGGAUGGCACCGAAGAACAAAGAAAAUAGCAAACGAAAGAAGCAAAUGGAGGACGAGGGCGACGAGGAUUAUCGAAAGCGGCGGGAUCGGAAUAAUCAGGCUGUGAAACGAUCCAGAGUGAAGAGUAAAUUACGCACGCAACAAACCUUGGAACGAGUAAAUCAGCUGAAAACGGAGAACGAAUUGUUGGAGGAAAAGAUUAAGAUGCUUACCAAGGAACUUGGGUUUCUCAAAGAUCUCUUCAUUGCACAUGCGGGAGGUUCCGGUCAACACUCUAUAAAUAUUCAAGAUCUCGAUCUAAACGCUAUUCUGGCGGAUGAAAAACCCACGGAAAAUACGUUAAAGGCGACCACCACCAAACUGUAGGACGAUACAAGCGCCACGUGAAGAAAUCAGCGUGGUAUUAAAUCUGAAACGCGAGACAGUAUUCUGGCUCGCUCGAUCGAAACGGCAAGCGAACCUCUUGGAAAGAUGUUCACUUCAAAUUCAUGGAAAAAGAGAUUCUAGAUGCGCGAGCCUUCAAAGUUGUGGCAUCGUCGGUGAAUUAUCCGCCAGCUAAAUUUACAACUUAUCGAAAACUAAUGAAGGCGAGAAUGCAAGCCGUGGUGGAGCCAUGGAGAAUUCGCGAUAAAUUUGAGUGCGAAAGUAUUCCCUCUGAUCGUUAGUCUGCAGUGGAGAUAAUGAUCAUUGAUCUAAACGGUAUAAGCAAAGGUAAAAGUCAAUACCCGUAAUAUGUACACAAUAUCAAAUAUCAGAUCAUUACAUUUUACGAUCUUGUACGAUAUUUGCGUCUUUCGCGAUAUGCUUUUACGUACAUAUAAAAAUAAUUAAGAAAGAAUUUUAUUUUUUUAACCCCUGCGACGAAUAGAAAAGACUGUAAAUAAGAUGAAAUUUAUUUUAUUGAUCAUAAUAACGAACAAUUUAUUAAUAUAUUGUACAAAUAUAAUAUAGAUAUAUUAAUCCUUGUGGGGUUGUCAUCAAAAAUGUUUUUACUUUCGUAGAAAAGCAUUUUCGACAUGUAUCGAAUGAUUAUUAAAUGAUGAAACACAGUUUAGUGACAAGAUAUCGAUGGUUUCUUCUGAAAUUAAUGGUCACGAUAUAUUUAAACUCUACAAUCCGAAAAUGCCUAUUUGUGUAAGUAAAAGCAUCCACAUGUACAAUUAAUACACAAGCGAUUGUAAAGAAUUGCUUAAAAUAAAAUCUCUCUCUCUCUCUCUCUC